AUGAGACUGGACAUGGACAUCACACUGCUGAUCAUCUCUAUGUCCUUCUGGAUGCAAGCAGGAAAGAAGGACAUUAAAAAGGGACACAGUAGCAGAGAAUUCAAAAGAACAGCAGUCACAUCCAGUCAAGGACUCUUGGCUGAAAAGAACAACACUUCAGCAGGCUCAUCUGGAACAGCUGUGGACCUUACCUGCACAGAUCCUGAUGAUGUCAGACUGGUGGGAGGAGCCAGUCGCUGUAACGGUACAGUGCAGAUCAAACAUCAUGGAGAAUGGAGAGACGUGGAAUAUAAUUUUCUUCUUAAUGACACCUGGACCCUGAAGGCAGCAGCAGACUCUGUCAGACUGGUCCAUGGUUCCAGUCGGUGUUCAGGCAGACUGGAGGUCCGGUCCAACCAGUCCUGGUUCUCGGUGUGUGAAGAGGAUUUGGACCUUAAUGAUACCCAGGUGGUCUGUAGGGAGCUGGGCUGUGGGCCUCCUGGGCUCCUCCAGGGGGUGCUCUAUGGAGAGGGGGAGGCUCCAGUCUGGACCAGUGAGCUCCAGUGUGAAGGAAAUGAGUCUGCUGUCCUGGACUGUAGAAGGUCCAGCUCAGCUGGGAAGACCUGCUCACCUAGAACAGCUGCUGGACUCACCUGUUCAGGUGAUGUCAGGUUAGUGGGACAGCCGAGCCGCUGUGCUGGUACUUUGGAGAUGCAACACCAGGGACAGUGGAAACCAGUAGGAGACUUCUAUAAACGCUGGGACCUGAAGUCUGGAUCUGCUGUGUGUCAGUAUCUGGACUGUGGAUCAGCUGUUUCAGUCAACAACACAGAUGAUUCUCCACGCAGACCUGUGUGGUGGAUCUCAGUUCCUUGUGUAAAGCUGACACGUAGACCAGUGGACUGUGUUCGACUAAUUCUGUCGACCAUUAAUCUCUCAUCUGGUGUGGAUGUGGUGUGUUCAGAUCUGCUGCCUCAGCCCAACAUCUCCCUGUCUGACGUGCAUGUCCUCAUGUCUCAGUUGGACAACUCACUGCUGAUGGAGUUAACACUGUCCUCUUCAGUUUAA